AUGUCCACCGCAAACUAUGGAGACACGAGGGAAGUUAUUGCCCCAGCUGAUUUUCACGUUCACCUCAGAGAUGGUGCAUUAAUGAGGCUCGUUACCCCUCAUGUCCAAAAGGGCGGUUUCUAUCUCGCCUAUGUCAUGCCAAAUCUCGUGCCCCCAAUUACCACUACAGAGAUGGCAAUGGAAUACCAGAAAAAUUUGAGGGAGAGCUCAGGAUCAUCCAAAGUAGAGUUCCUCAUGACUCUCUAUCUUUCCGACGCUCUCGAUCCCAACGAUGUCAAAAACUGGAAAGCUGCUGGUAUCGUAGGCGUCAAAUCAUAUCCCCGCGGCGUGACCACCAACUCGGACCAGGGGAUCGAAAGUUAUGACAAAUACGACCAGCUAUUCAGAGAGAUGGAGGUGCACGGCAUCGUGCUUAAUCUUCACGGAGAAAUCCCAUCCGACCACUCCAAAAACACCUGCGUCCUCAAUGCUGAAGAACGUUUCCUCCCUGUUCUCGCAAACCUAGCCAACACAUAUCCUAAACUGCGUAUCGUCCUCGAGCACGCGACGACCGAAGCUGCCGUCAAAGCCGUCAUAGCCUGCGGUGACAAUGUUGCAUGCACGAUCACAGCACACCACCUCGCCCUAACGAUCGAUGACUUGGCAGGCCAAUCUUUCCACUUCUGCAAACCUGUCGCCAAGUUUCCAAACGAUCGUCUCGCUCUCCAAGAAGUUGUCAAAUCCGGCAAUAAGAAAUUCUUUCUCGGCUCUGACUCCGCCCCUCACCCCAUCCUUUCAAAAUCGACGGCAACACCGACAAGUGGAUGCGCAGCUGGAAUUUAUACGUCCCCCAUCCUUCUCCCCCUCGUCGCGCACCUCCUCGAUUCGUUCGGGGCGAUCGAUAGGUUGGCGGAUUUUACCAGUAAUUUUGGGCGUGCCUUUUAUCAGAUCCCGGCGGGUGGAUACUCCCCGAAGGUUGUGUUGCAGAAGGUGCAAGGGGUGAGCGUGCAGGCUGAAUAUAGUAGCGAGGGGAAGACAGUCGUACCUUUCUGGGCCAGCAGGCAGAUCGACUGGCAGAUCGUAAAUGUCGAGGAAUGA